GACUGUAAUCCAUCCAUCGAUCGAAGACGUGGUAGGAACUGAGGCUGGGACUGAUUAGAACAGACUCAGUAGUCGUCGAGAUGAGCAAUAAGAUUGUGUCUGGUACAUAUCGAGCGGUAAUCGACGAUGUCAUUGCCAACGUCCGACAAGACUUUGAGGAGAUGGGAAUCGAGAAGGAAGUCUUGGAGGAACUGCAGAGGUCCUGGGAAGCUCGUUUAGUAGCAACUGGCGUCACAGACUUCGAAGGAGCAGCUGUCCCGCCCAGAGCACCUCGUCGUCCAGCGGGGAACAAUGGUGCAGGCGCUGGAGAGGACAAGAAGACCGGCGACGACGUGAAGCCCAAGCUAGAGGAUCAUGCCGGAGAGGGUCCUUCCAGUGGUGAUCAAGCCGCCACAGCUACUUCUGCUGCUGCUGGCUCAUCUUCAGCCGCUGGCGGCAGCGGCAGUAGUAAAGCCCGCAGAACAGAAGGUGGACACGAUGCUACUCAUGCCCGCUCAAAUGGACACGACGGCGUAGACGGCAGUGGAGGUGAGGACGGACCAGCUGGCAGUCAAAAGGCGGGGGAGAAGCGCAAGCAGCCAGAGAGCAACAGCGAUGAGAUUGGUAGCGAUCUGGACGAUUCGGAUGAUGAGGAAAAUGCUGCUGGAGAAGGAGGAGGAGAGGCGCUUGAUGGAGAUACAGUCCUCUGCUUGUACGACAAGGUGAAUCGAGUAAGGAACAGAUGGAAGUGCAUCCUCCGCGAUGGCGUUGCCAACAUCGAUGGGCGGGACUACCUCUUCUCCCGAUGCAAUACCGAGUUCGAGUGGUGAACACCAUGGUGCUGUCCUCGUAGGCCGAAGGAGGAUGAAGCGGUACAGAAACAAGGCCGAAAGUGGGACACACGCUCUCUCUAUCGAGGA